AUGGAGAACCUACGAUCCAACCCACGAAACGAUUCAACCCCAACGUCAUCCUCCGGGACCAGCACUCCCAACGGCGGCGGUUCCCUUCUGAACACCUCAUGGACCUUUCCACAACCUCUAUCCCACGCAGUAGGGGGUUUGCUGCGUCGAUUCUCAUCGGAUCCUCCACAUAAAGAUCAAACACGCUCGAAUUACGCAGAUCCAUACAACGCAAUGCCGAAUAAAAAUACGGGUAUAGAUGGUGUUUACACGCCUCCAUACAGAACUGCUUCGCCAUUUCAGCCACCGCCGUUAUAUCCAGUGAAUUUAGAGGGUUACCAGGAGAAUACACCCGAAAGUGCUAGGUUACUGAGUAGGUCGUUGGCAGAGGAGAUACGAUUAUUAGUCCCGCCGCGGUUGCAGUUAUGCGAGGAGUGGAGGCUGGUGUAUUCCCUCGAAGAAGAUGGAGUUAGUCUAGGAACGUUAUACAAGAAAUGUGACGAUCUACGAGGUCUACGAAAUGGUUUCGUACUAGUCGUUCGAGACGCAGACGGUGGUCUCUUCGGCGCCUACCUAACAGAAGCCCCCCAUCCAUCCCCCCACUACUUCGGCACCGGCGAAUGUUUCCUCUGGCGCGCCUCCAUCCUCUCCGCAAGCACACACAACCUCUCGCAAAUGCUCCCCCCACCCCCUUCAGCCGACACAACCAACAUCCCACGCACCACCACCAUAUCCGGCGGUCCUACCUCCCCCACCUCUCUCCUCUCCCCACAACUUGCAUCCACACCCGAACGCAUCCGCUUCAAAGCCUUCCCCUACUCCGGCGUGAACGACUAUCUCAUCCUCUGUGAACCCAGUUUUCUGAGUAUCGGCGGCGGCGAUGGCCAUUACGGGCUCUGGCUAGAUGAUAAUUUCGAGAAGGGUGUGAGUGCGUGUUGUCCGACGUUUGGGAAUGAGCCGCUCAGUGAGGAGGGCAUGAAGUUUGAGAUUGUGGGCGUGGAGUUGUGGAGUGUGGGGAAUAAUUGA